UUUUUUCCGAUUUGGCUGUCUUUACACUGCUUCCGCUUGCACUGCACGUUAUAUAUAUAUAUAUAUAUAUGCAUGGGCACCCGCAUAUAUUUAUGUGUAUGUAUAUAUCAACUUCUUCGUCCUGUCGCCACAAUUCAUUCCUCCAGUCCCAGCUGCCUUCUCCAACUGAGACCUGGAAAUUCUUGGCCGGUAAUCAGUAAAUUGGAUUGAUUACCAAAUAACUCAUGGGUCACCCAAGCACAGCCCUUGAGGGUGUGCAUGGACUACAUGUGGUCCCUCAUUCACCAUUUCAGUUGGAAGAGAUGAAUCGAUAUGGGGAUGUUCAUCAAUCAACAUGUGGAAGUUCUGUUGUUGGAGUUAAUCAGCAUCUUAAAGUGCGGAGAGUAUGGGAGCAAAGACCUGCAUGCCUGAGGCCCAUCCAGUGCAGUCUAAAGGGUGAUAAGAAUUUUGCAGAGACAAUUGCUAAUGUGAUCACUUCACUUCCUUUUAUUGCUGUUGGAUUUCAGGCCCCAAGGAAGAAUCUGAACUGUAGGAUAUAUGCUAAUUCAUUAAUAGGGGUUGGUGUUGCCUCGAGUCUGUACCAUGCUUCAAGAGGAAAACUCAAGAAAUAUCUGAGACAGGCAGACUAUACUAUGAUAGCCACAGCAACAGUGUGUCUGUCAAGGGCAUUGAGGAAUGAGAAUCCGAAGUUGUUGAUGGCAGCAUCUGCUUUGUUUCUACCUGUUCGGCCUUUCAUGGUUUCAGCUGUUCACACUGGGAUGAUGGAGGUGGCCUUCGCAAAAAGAGCACAGCAAGACCCAGACCUAAGAACGGCUCACAAGUUGCACAAGAUGUCGUCGCUUAUAGGAGGUGCACUUUUUCUUGCGGAUGAUUUCUUCCCCCAAACUCCAUUUCUUCAUGCUGCUUGGCACCUCGCCGCAGCUAUUGGUGUUAGCACUUGUAACAAGCUACUCGUGUAG